AUGGCAGAAAUGGGCCUCAUCAGCCCAGAUGACCCUGUUCACAAAGUUUCUGCUUUCCAGGGUCUGACAUCGCAUCCAGUAACAGAAAUCCAGCUGUUUCUGGUUGUCGCCCGCCUGGAAAUGUUGAUGAAGGCUCACGUGGUACGGGUGGACUUUGUGCUUAUAGUGAUGUCAUCUGCCGCACACCUUCUCCAAGUGAGGAGAUACAGUGGCUUCCCCUUCAUCUGUGAGGCUCUUCACGAAUGGACCCAUGACCUCAUCCGUGAGGUUCCUCACGAAAGGCCUCACGGCCUCAUCCGUGAGGUUCCUCGCAAAGAGCCUCACGGCCUCAGCCGUGAGGUUCCUCACAAAGAGCCUCACGGCCUCAUCGAUUCAAUGAUUGCUUUGCAAUGGAUACGAGGGGACGCAAACCGCUGGCCGCAGUUUGUGCGCAACAGGGUCACAGAAAUUCAACAGAAGGUAGAGAAAGAUCGAUGGAGAUACGUGGGAACAGAAGCAAAUCCAGCCGACUUGUUGACGCGAGGAACAAGUCCCAAGAAAUUGCUUCCGUCCAAGCUGUGGUGGAAAGGACCAUCAUGGCUGGCGGAAUCUGAUGACAAAUGGCCAUCUCCUGAAGUCAAUGAGAUGACACGCACUCACGUUCAUAAAAAGCAGGUUGUGCUCCAGACCAUCGCACCAUCGUGCUCGGAUCCAGUGAUGGAUCUGGGACGAUUCAGCAAUGUCAAUAACCUCCAUCGUGUAACAGCGUGGAUAAUUCGGUUCACCAAGAACUCCAGAGCAAUAGGUCGGAUCAACGGUCCCUUAAGCGCUAGUGAGAUUCAGCAGGCCGAACGCUACUGGGUAAGGCAAGAACAAGAAUCUGCAUUCGCGGACGAAAUCAGCGCACUCGGAAGCAACAAUGCACUUAAGCGAACAUCGAAGUUGAAAGAUCUAAGGCCAUUUAUUGACGACGACCGCAUCCUCAAGGUUGGAGGACGAAUGGGUGGUAGUCGGCAAACAUUUUCGGAAUGUCAUCCAAUUAUACUGCCAACUCACUCGCAUUAUGCGCGCCUUUUAAUUUUACAGUCCCAUCAACAAGUUUUCCACUGCGGAGUGCGUGACACUUUAGUGCAGCUACGCGAAAGGUUCUGGAUACUCCGAGCACGCCAACAAAUCAAGCGAAUACUACGAGGUUGCGUGACAUGCAGAAGAAACGACGCAAGGCAUCUGACACAACCUGAUGGCCAACUUCCACCUGGCAGAGUGACGAUGAGUCAUCCCUUCGAGGUCAGGGGCAUCGAUUUUGCGGGACCAGUAAUGUUGAAGCGAAGGAGGAACUACCACAAGGGCUACAUUGUCCUCUUCACUUGUGCCGUCACAAGGCCUGUGUACCUAGAGCUGUGCGAGGACAUGUCGGCGAUCAAGUUCUUGCAAGCCUUCCGAAGAUUUACAGCCCGUAGGGGAAUCUGCCAAACCAUCUACUCGGACAAUGCCUUGACGUUCAAAAAGGUCGCAAGAGAAAUUCGGGACAUACAGAGGAUCUUAACGGACCCACUGGUGCAGGACUAUUCUUCACGUAACGGAAUCCGCUGGAAAUUCAUACCGGAGCGCGCACCAUGGUGGGGUGGCUUUUAUGAAAGACUGAUAAGAUCCGUAAAAUCAGCAUUGAGGAAAACCCUGUCCAGGAACGUCGUAGACUUCAUCGAAAUGCAAACUCUGCUGCCUGAGGUGGAGGCGAUGAUGAACUCAAGACCUAUAACCUUUGUUUACAACGAAAACUCCGAGCCGACACCACUCAAUCCAGCAACCAUGAUAAUGGGAAGACGUCUACUCGCACCACCAUCGACGGAAUCCACCACAUCGCGGAACACAAUCCAUGACUCAUCGUCCACGAAGAUAAGGGAGACAUGGAAAAGACAGCUGCACUACCUCAAUGCAGUAUGGAAUAGGUGGCAGCAAGAAUACCUCUCGGAACUACGUUCUGCAUACCACUCCAAAGGGACAAACGACUGCGACGUUCGAACCGGAGAUGUAGUUGUCGUCAAAGAGCCCAACUGUCCCAGGCUUCAAUGGAAAAUGGCCCUCGUUGAUAAAGUUUUCACAGGUUCAGAUGGACGAGUUAGGGAAUGUCUGAUCAGUACUCCUGGUAGAACGACACUCAGGAGACCCGUCCAGCACCUCUAA